AUGAGGAUCUGUCAUUCAGUAGCUCUGCAAAACUUCAAGCAUUUUCCCGUGACGUCAAGAAGAGCAAUGCAUUCAGCCAUUGUCAAUUAUUCUACCCAAAAGACUCAGUUUCCCAUGGAGACUAAUAACGGGGAACACUAUUGGGCAGAAAAGCCGAAUGAAUUUUAUCAAAGUAAGAGGCCAACAUUUCAGGGCAAUACUUUUGCUAAACAGCAAGAUUUACCAGCAUUGCCCGUGCCUGAGUUGGAUUCUACGCUUAAUAAGUACUUGCAAACCAUCCGUCCGUUUUGCAAUGAUGUGGAAACAUUAGAAAGACAGCGGCUGUUAUGUAAGGACUUCUCGGAACAUAUGGGGCCUGUUUUACAAAACCAGUUGAAAGAGUAUGCCCGCGAUAAAAGAAACUGGAUGUCGAAAUUUUGGGACGACCAAUCGUAUUUACAAUAUAACGAUCCUAUUGUUCCCUAUGUCUCUUAUUUUUACUCUCAUAAACCGCUACCAAGUCAUCUAUCCAAGAUUGGUAACGACCCAUUAAUCAAAGCCACCGCAAUUAUAUCGACCGUGAUUAAGUUUAUUGAAGCUAUUAAGGAUGAAUCUUUACCUGCAGAAAUUAUUAAAAACUCGCCAUUCUGCAUGAAUAGCUUCUCUUUGAUGUUCAACUCUUCGAGGUUGCCCGGUAAGCCAGAGGAUAAUCAAGACACGAGCAUUUUUUAUUCGGUUUAUGAAAAUAACUUCAUGACUAUUGCUUAUAAGGGUAAAUUUUACAAACUGAUUACUCAUGAUGAUAAUAACAAACCGCUUUCUGAAAAUGAAAUUUGGAAGCAACUGUAUUCCGUUGUUUUCCAAGGGUCACAGUACGAGUGCAAAUUAGGCGGUAUUGGUUCUCUAACCUCUUUACCCCGUGAUCAAUGGCGUGAGGUUCACAUGGAGCUUACGAAAAAUCCUACUUCUCAAGACUCAUUAGAAGCAAUCCAUAAGUCUUCGUUCAUGCUCUGCUUGGAUCUUGAUCAAUCCCCUGUGACUUUAGAGGAAAAGUCAAGGAACUGCUGGCAUGGUGAUGGUAUCAACAGAUUCUACGAUAAGUACUUGCAAUUCGUAGUCACUGGUAAUGGUUCAUCGGGUUUCUUGGCUGAGCAUUCAAAAAUGGAUGGAACGCCGACUUUAUUCUUGAAUAACUUCGUCUGUCAGCAGUUAAACAAACUAAGUGCGGAUGAGUUCGUGAGAAAAGUAUUUACACCAUCAUCCAAAGCAGCCUUAAAACCUAUGGAACUGCCCUUUAUCAUCACCCCAAAGAUCAAUAAAUUCAUUGAAUCUGCUCAAUCGCAAUUUAAGGAAACAAUGAACGAGCACGAUUUACGCGUCUGGCACUACAACAAAUUUGGCAAGACUUUUAUAAAAAGCCAUGGUAUGUCACCUGACGCGUUUAUUCAACAAGUUAUGCAAUUGGCUGUGUUCAAAUAUUUCAAGCGUCCACUACCCACUUACGAGGCUGCAUCUACAAGAAAGUAUUUUAAAGGUCGUACCGAAACCGGCAGGUCUGUAUCCACCGCCUCUUUAGAGUUUGUUUCUAAAUGGCAGAACGGGGAGAUUUCCAUUGCUGAAAAGAUUCAAGCUCUGAAACAUUCCGCUAAGGAACAUUCUAAUUAUCUGAAAAAUGCCGCCAAUGGUCAUGGUGUUGACCGUCAUUUUUUUGGUCUUAAAAAUAUGAUGAAACCUGACAGUGAUCAAGUUCCGCCACUUUUCAAAGAUCCUCUAUUCAAUUACUCUUCUACUUGGUUGAUAUCCACAUCUCAGCUAUCUUCUGAGUAUUUUGAUGGUUAUGGUUGGUCUCAAGUCAAUGAUAAUGGGUUUGGGCUGGCAUAUAUGUUAAAUAACAACUGGUUGCACAUUAACAUCGUGAACAAACCGGCCAAGAGCGGACUCAGUGUCAACAGAUUACACUAUUAUUUGUCUCAAGCUGCCGAUGAAAUUUAUGAGGCUUUGGAGAAUGAGAAAAAACUAAAAGCAAAGUUAUGA